CUGGAUGAAAGAAUGAGAGAGUUGGUAGAACCAUUUCUCUACAACAAAGGAGAAGGAAGAAUGGUUCCUAUCACGGAGCUUGUGUUGCUACGCAACCAAGAGAGACCUCGACACAAACUCAGCAACGAGAUUGUUGAGGAUAAACUGGAUGAAAGAAUGAGAGAGCUGGUAGAACCAUUUCUCUACAACAAAGGAGAAGGUAGAAUGGUUCCUAUCACGGAGCUUGUGUUGCUACGCAACCAAGAGAGACCUCGACAUAAACAAUUAUCACAACAGAGAGGAGUCAACAGUAAAAAUUCUGUAAAGGACAGCAGAGGUCAAGAUGAUCCCUCUACAAGUAACGGAGUGAUCUCCAACAGUAAUAAAGGAUUCGAGAAGUGCCGUGAGGUAUGCUGGGACUUGAGUCAGUGUGGGUCGGUUGGAGAAACGAUUCUCCACCUCUGUCUUCUGCUGUCCACUUCUAUCCACGCUGAACUGGCCAAGCGACUCAUCAAGCUCUUCCCAAAGCUAGUUAACGAUAUUUACAUCAGUGAUGAAUUUUACGGGGAAUCUGUACUUCACAUGGCAAUAGUCAACGAAGAUCCAGCUAUGGUCAAGUUUUUGUUGGACAGUGGGGCUAAUUACCAUGAACGUUGUGUAGGCAACUUCUUUUGUCCAGAAGACCAGAAGGCGUCCAGGAUGGACAGUUUAGACCAUGAAUGGGUAGACGUGGUGACCAAGACUAAUUAUGAAGGAUAUGUAUACUGGGGUGAAUACCCCCUAUGCUUCGCUGCUUGUUUGGGUCAAGAGGAGUGUUAUCGGCUCCUUCUAGCCAAAGGGGCAGACCCCAACAGACAAGACACUAAUGGAAACACUAUUACUCAUAUAAUGGUUAUCUAUGAGAAAAUAAACAUGUUCAACAUGGUGUAUGAGCUUGGAGCUUCUAUCAGUAUCGUCAAUCGGCAAGGCCUAACUCCAUUGACACUAGCUGCAAAGUUGGCGAAGAAAGAGAUUUUCUUUCACGUUUUGAAACUGCAGAGAGAGAUCUACUGGCAGCUGGGUAACAUCACCUGUGAAGCUUAUCCUCUGGAUGAGAUCGACACGAUUAACAACCAAACAGGAGAGGUUAACAAAGCGUCUGUGUUGAAUCUCAUGGUUUAUGGGGACAAACUAUAUCAUCUGGAUAUGUUAGAAGGUCUACUCAUUGAUCUUCUUCAUUGCAAAUGGAACACUUUUGUGAAGUUUAGGUUUUACAAGCAGUUUGCAACAUUUGCUGUCUACUUUCUCAUUUCUUUAACGUGUUUUGUGUUAAGACCAGCCCCUCUGGUGGGAAACGAGGAAGAAACAGAUACGAAUUUGACUUCAAAGGAGUUUUACAAAAAUUCAAGCUUAUCUUUACCAUCACCACCAUCAGAUGGCCAACAUUACUGCUUGGCUUUAAGCAAUGAUAGUAAAGUAAACGUGCAUCACUUGGUUUUAGAAUGUUUGACGAUAGGGGGCGCCUUUCUGUAUCUUCUUAGUUCUGCUAAUGAAGCACGUCUCCUUGGUUACCAGACUUUCUUGGAGAACUUAGUAACAGUACCGUCUCGAGCGCUGUUUCUGUGUUCCUGUACUUUAGUGAUGUUAAUGGUUCCUCUUCGUCUUGCAUGUGCAUCACGUGUGGAAGACGUUGUAGGAGUAUUCGUCAUGAUCACCACCGCCCCCUAUUUUCUUUUCUUUUGCAGAGGUUUCAAACUUGUGGGGCCGUUCGUUGUUAUGAUUUAUAAAAUGAUCAUCACAGAUCUUCUUCGUUUUGUAACGAUCUACUUGGUAUUUGUUAUGGGUUUCUCCCAAGCCUUUUACGUCAUAUUUCUAACGCACAACGGAGAGGGCGCGAACUUUUUUGGCAGUCCAGUAGCUAGCGUCAUGGCCAUGUUUGUGAUGUCACUAGCAGAGUUUGGCGAUAUUUACGAGGAGUUUGAAAAUACCGCAUAUCCGACAGUUGCUAAGAUACUGUUCAUCAUGUACAUGGCUCUCGUCACCAUCCUCCUUAUUAACAUGCUGAUUGCUAUGAUGGGCAAAACCUACCAGAAUAUUGCUGAGAGGAGGAACGAAUGGGUCCGCCAGUGGGCCCGGAUCGUCCUAGUGGUGGAGAGAGGUGUGCCACCUUCUGAAUCUCUAAAACAGCUCUCACAGUACUCUCAACCUAUGGCUGACGGUCGAAGAGCUUUAGUACUGAGAAGGCAGCGAAGUGUCAGUGAACUGGAAGAAAUCCGGACCCUUGGAAACAUGAAGGCUAUUCAUCUUGAAAACAGACGCCGACAGGAGGCGGGAUCGAACAUUCUUUCCCCCAAAAGUACACCAGUUAAAACAUAUAGUGUUCCCAGCCUUUGAAGAAUGUCUGUCGUCCUUUUUAUUGGAUUUAUUUUUCUAGAGUAAACUGUUCAUUGUUCUUUUAUAUUUUGCAGUAACUCUUUCAGACAAAAUAACUGUAUUUUUUGUUUUGUUUUUCCAAGGACUUAUUUCCCUUAAACUGUAACUAUCACUGUCGUAUUUACAACUUGAUUGGUACCUUAUGCGGCACAAGGGCUAAAUUGCCAGUCAGUGACACUUAAGGUUCUUGCAUAAUAAACACCCAUAAUUUAGAACUGCUACCAAACUGGAAAGAAAAUAGUCAGCAGCACACGCCGCCUACGCGUUUACUCCUAACCGAGUAGCAGGAUUGGCUGCUAAUGUUAUAAAGUCUCAACAGUUGAAAAUGUGGAGUCUUCAGUGAAAUAUCGCGGCUCGAACCUUGGAUCUCACCCCCCCCCCCGGUACGCUAAUCACUAAGCCUUAGUGGUUGACAGUUUCAUGAGACUUUUUGUAUAUCACUGCCACCUGUAAUACUUGACAACGUUUAAUAAUUGUCUUGCUGUGAUAUAAUUAUAAUUUUAUAAGAAACGUAAUAUUCAUACGUCACACUAAGUGAUGUCACGAUUUACUAAGAUCUGUGACGUAGCUUGCAACGUCAUCAUUAGGUAAGACUUAACUAUGAAGUAAAGUGUAAAUACCAGCGAUUUAUUCACCUACAAACCUGUUAGGCAAGGUGUUGAUUUUAUAAACGACUUCAUGCCCCUGUAAUUAGUCUCCGUGCCAGAAUCUUGUAACUUCUUCAGCAUAUUUACAGACAUUGGAGGUGUACAAUUUAUUGACUUUUGUAAUUAUAGCAACAAACACUUUAACGUCAUGUUGUUAUGACGGGUUGGCGGAUCAUAUUAUACGACGUGCAGGUUAAUGAUGUGUAAAAAAUGUUUGGCAUCAUUUCCAGUCGGUCCUUUCAACAGGUAUGCAAUUACCGAAGGAUGCUCGGGCAACAGCUGGAUUUAAUUGUUCUUCAACGAACAAGUCAAUUAAUGUUAAAUGUACAUAUACAUCGUAUUCCCUGCGCUAACAGUUGUCUAAUCUUUAAGCUAGGAACUACUGAUCUAUAGACGUGUGGCUUUUGGUCAGUUGUCAAAUUCUUAGCAGUACGAGGUUAGUUUCUUCAAAAACGUAAUCUCCGGUAUUACGUAAUAAGGAACGAGUCUUGUGAAUGACGUAAUUUCCGGUGUUAAGCGGCAUGGAUUCAGUUUGACUAAUGACGUAAUUUCCGAUAUUAAUUUCCACUUGAUACCAACAAAAGCUAAUUUGAAAGAAUGUGAUAACGUAUGUGUGUGUGUGUGACCGUUUGUGUGUUAAUAUGCAGUAAUUCAAAUUAUAUAUAUUGUACCAACCUUCCAGCUCGACGUGUUUCGCUCUUACUGUAUUAAAUUAGGAAACACAGUACAAGUUGGAACAGCAGAAAGUUUACAGACUUACAAUGCCUAAAUCCGGGGUUCGAUUCCACGCGGUGGACACAGCAGAUAGCUUUGCUCUGAAAGACCCAACCAUACCUAUUAUUUGUACUUGCUAGGUGUCUGUGUUUGAUUAUGUUUGGUUGAGUUCACGUGUAUUCUUUGGUGCAGAUCAGGUCAUUCGUGAAGGUUUCAAACAGUUCAGGAAAAAAAAAACACCACCAAAGUUCAAAAAGUGAAACUUUACAUAAUUCUAGAGCAUUCUAGAGAUCAGGCGUACAAACAAACAAAAACUAUCACUUGUAUUUCUAAGAUAUCGGAUAUUUUUCGUAUGUGUGUCUCAACUUUCCACUGUAGAGAUAGUUUCGUGAUGUUUGGUGUCAUAUUCUUCUCGGAUCACCU